GUUUUUCAUCAUUAUAUUUUACCUAACUCGGUUAACCCCAUAGAGAAAAACUUGUUAUUUAAUUUGUUUUUGUAAAACAUAAAUGUGUUUGUGACAUGUGGCUUAUUUCAUUGAUGCAAGGUUUGACACGUUGAGUUCUUUGCUAUUUAUCUUCCUUGGUAUCCCGCAGGCAGUAAUGUCAAGAAGUUCAAGAAUGGCGUCUUUGCAACUCCUCACACUCCUCUUUUUCUUCUUCUUCACUGUUUCAAAAUCCAUCGAUGUCUCGAAGCCUCAUGCAGCAGAAUCAUUUGAUAUCAAUCUCAUUCAGAAUUUCGGAAGCUGUAGGUACACAGUGAUCAUCAGGACGAGUUGUUCCUCACCUAGGUACACGAGAGACCAGAUCAGCCUCUCUUUCGGGGAUGGCUACAGAAAUCAGGUAUACGCACCUAGGCUUGACGACCCAGGGUCGAGAGCAUUUGAGCGAUGUUCAUCAGAUACAUAUGAGAUAAAUGGACCAUGUGUACGCCAGAUCUGCUACGUAUAUGUUCACAGGUCUGGUCCAGAUGGUUGGGUUCCAGAGAGUGUUCAAAUAUUCAGUCAUAGCUCCAAAGCAGUCACUUUCACUUUCAACACGCAUGUCCCUGAAAGCAUAUGGUUUGGUCAUAAUUACUGCAACACCAUCUAACCCUACCUUCCGGUCUCAUCAAACUCCUAAUACUUGAAAGGCUUGCUACGUUGCUUUAAUUUUAAUGUCUCUCUUAUGUAAAUUAAAUGUCUAGUAUCGAACCAUUUUUUGUUUGUUUUGCUUCUUCUUCUCGUAUGUUUUUACUGGUGAGUGAGACUUCUAUGUUAAUAUUAAAAUAUGGAUAGCUCUUUAUACA